AUGCUCUCCCUCAAUACCUCCGCCUACUCCCCUCCGUCGGGGUAUCAAGUGUCGGAUCUGCCCAAGCCCGAGAUCUCCAACCCCAAGGAUGUGCUCAUUAAGGUCCACGCCGCCAGCAUCAACCCGAUUGACGUCAAGAAGGCAAGCGGUAUGCUGAAGAUGGCAGUCCGCGACGAUGAGUAUGUGAAAUGUCCAGAGCAAGAUGUCGCCUUGAAGCCGCCUUCACUGUCCUUUGAGGAUGCAGCUUCCAUCCCCCUUGCGGCGAUGACCGCUCUUCAGGCACUGAGGAAGUAUGAUGAUGAUCUUGCUGGGAAGACGGUACUUGUCCCGGCCGGCCUUAGUGGAACGGGAUUGUUUGCAUGCCAGCUUGCCAAGCAUCUAUUCAAGGCCGGAAAGGUGAUCACCACCGUGUCCACCUCGAAAAUCCCAAAGGUAAACGAGCUUCUAGGCGAUGGAGUUGUCGACGAGAUCAUCGACUACACGAAGAAUGAUCCCCAGAAGGUGAUCGAGCGCGGGUCGGUCGACUUCCUCUUUGACACUGUUGGUGUCUCCAUGCCAUACCUGAGCCUGAUGCGGCCAAAAUCUGGCUGCAUUAUAUCCAUCUCGACAAUGCCAUCUGGCGAUCAGCUCCAGGCAUCGUCUAUCAUGCAGCUGCCCAACGAGCCAGCACUUUCGUUGCCAAUCCGACUCGGCCUCAAUUUGAUGGACUGUACGCGUAGAUUUCGCGCGCGACGCUACGGUGUGACCUAUUCGUACAUGUUCCUCGAAAGUAGCCACGAGGAUUUGGAUUUGUUGAGAGGUCUUGUCGAGGAGGGCAAGCUGAGAACGGUGGUGGGCACGACUGCCAGUCUCAGGGAUGUUGAGGCUGUCCGAGAUGCGUGUCAGGUAGUAUACAGUGGCAAGGGUGGUCUGGGCAAGACUGUUAUUAAGGUGGAUGAGGAAUAG